AUGUCCGUGACUCUACACACCAACCAGGGCGACCUGAAGAUCGAGGUCUUUUGCGAGAGCGUGCCGAAGACCGCCGAGAACUUCCUCGCCCUAUGCGCGUCCAACUACUACGACGAGUCGCCCUUCCACCGCCUAAUCCCCAGCUUCAUGGUGCAGACGGGCGGGCCCGCGCACCCGACGCCCGAGAACCCCAAGGGCGGCCAGUCGAUCUGGGGCGGCACCUUCGAGGACGAGGUGCGCCCGACGCUGAAGCACAACGCGCGCGGCAUCGUGUCCAUGGCCAACAAGGGCCCCGGCACCAACGGCUCGCAGUUCUUCAUCCUGUUCGACAAGGCGCCCCACCUCGACGGCCUGAACACCGUGUUCGGCAAGCUGCUCGGGGACGACAGCCUGCGGACGCUGGCGAAGCUCGAGGCCAUCGAGGUCGAUAAGAAGAGCAGGCCCAAGGAGAAGGUGGUCAUUGACAAGGUCACGAUCCAUGCCAAUCCCGUUUCUGGUUGA